GAACCGCAAAAAGGAAGAGCCAUCGCCUCCUCGUUUGCUCGCCCUCUCUCCAUCUCCGCCUGAGAGAGAGAGAGAGAGAGAGAGAGAGAGAGAGAGUCGUCGAGUGGUGCGGCUGCCUCACGAGACCCCUCUCUUCUUCCCGCUAUCUCACGAUCUCGACCUCGAUCUCCCUCUCCUUUGAUGCGAAGGCACAAGCGGGGUUUCUGAGGCCGCGGGCGCCUGUGGGGGAGUCUGCGUGGAUAAGCAUUGGGGUUUGGGUUCUAUGAGCACUUCUUUUUGCUGAGAAUCUUGCUUUUUUUCUUUUUUAACGUGUAUCAUCCUAUGAAGAAGGAAGAUUCUUUAAAAGCUAGUUUUGAAGUUCCUUGUGGUAGAAUUACACGAGCGCGAGCUGCUGCUUGCUGUGUAAAUAAUAAAGUUCUUCCCUUGAUACCGUCACUUGCAAAUCUAAAGAAGCAGACACACCGAGGCAAAUCAAAGAGAGCAGCAUUUGAUGAGAACAGUAAUGUUGAUCCUUACUUGGCAGCUGCACAUUGCAAGAAGCGUGUAGUGCUUAAGGAUGUUACCAAUGCAUGCUCUCAGAAGUCCUCUAGACAACGGAUUCCACGGGGGAAAUUGCAGUUGUCUGCUGUCCAAAGGGGUAAACUUGGUCCUUCAAAAACCAAAAGAUGUUCCAACUCCAAAGCUCCAAACUUGACCCCAGCUGUAAAUGCUUUGACUCAAGAUAAUGAGCAAAAUAUAAUUUCUGAAGGAGUGCAGGAGGUGGGGAUACUGGAGCCAAAAGAUUGUUCACUGUCCGCAAAAAUAGGAGACUCAGUAGAAUUACAGACCAAGGAUAGUAUCAAGGAUGGUGAGGAACAAAACUUCAGAGAGAGCCUCGAAGAUAUAAAUCACACAAAGAAUGGUUUUGUCAAUAAUGUGAAGUUCAAGCUUGAUGAUGAUUUAGGAGGGUUCAAUGGCUUGGACUUCAUAGAUAUUGAUACAGAUCUUGGGAAUCCUCAAAUGUGUUGCACUUAUGCACCGGAAAUCUAUACCUAUCUACUUGCUGCAGAGCUCAUCCGGAGACCAGUGUCCGAUUUCAUGGAAACAUUGCAGCGAGAUGUCACUGAGAGUAUGCGGGGCAUUCUAAUAGAUUGGCUUGUGGAGGUUUCUGAGGAAUAUAAGCUUGUCCCAGAUACGCUUUAUCUUACAGUGUAUAUGAUUGACCAGUUUCUUUCACAAAACUACAUUGAAAGACAGAGGUUGCAGCUACUUGGCAUUACGUGCAUGCUAAUUGCCUCGAAAUAUGAAGAAAUAUGCACUCCACGUGUUGAACAAUUCUGUUUAAUAACUGACAACACAUACACAAAGGCAGAGGAACAGGUGCUCAAAAUGGAGAGUCAAGUGCUCAGUUAUUUAGGAUUUCAACUUUCGGUACCCACCACUAAAACAUUUCUCAGGAGAUUUUUGCGUGCUGCUCAUGCUUCUAAUAAGGCUCCAACAUUAACUUUGGGGUACUUGGCCAAUUAUUUGGCGGAGUUGACUUUGUUAGAGUAUAGCUUUAUAAAGUUUCUUCCUUCAGUCAUAGCUGCAUCUGCUGUAUUCCUUGCAAGGUGGACAUUAGAUCAAUCAAGCCAUCCAUGGAAUCCGACUCUUGAAUAUUACACCUCAUACAAGGCAACGGAUCUAAAAGUGACAAUUUUUGCAUUGCAAGAGCUACAGAUGAACAGCAAGAGCUGUCCACUCAAUGCCAUACGUGAGAAGUAUAGGCAAGAAAAGUUUGAGUGCGUGGCUGCCAUUGCAUCUCUGCCACUGGUAGAAUCACUCUUCAGCUGAUGAAAUGUGGCCUCUUGCUGACAACUUUUAUGGGACUCCAAAAGAGGGUGAUUUGAACAAACAUUACAACAAUCUAUUUCUUUGUCCCUUAUUCUUUCCAAGCAAAGCCAAAAGAGAAAAAAAAAAGUAGUCAGUUGUUAAUUGAUACUUCUGUGUGUGAUUUUACUGAUGUGGUUGUGGUCUUUCCACGCCCAUCUUUGUAGCAUAAUUACAUAAGAUGAGUGAAAGCCGUAGGCACAAUACAGCUUUACGUUGUGAAAAACCAUUUUCUGUGUUCAAAA